GCAAAUCCAGCGCUGCCCGCGCAACCGGCGCACAUAACAAUCAGCGAUCUUGACCAACCACCACACUUUUUACCAUCACACAUUCCUUUGUCUCUCAAUAUUUUUUCCACGCGAUAACCACACCUCUGCGCAAUUAUGUUGCUCCCAUCCGCUCUACCUUGCGACAUGCGCCGCCCCGCGACUCAGUCGCGCCUGGAUCCCAGCCGCCUAUUCACAACCCCCCCACCAUCCGACGAUGAAUUCCCAUCUAGCAAUGGCCUCUUGGGCACCUGUCGCGCCCUCCAAUCGCUUCUAAACAGUUCGCCCGCUCCUUCGCCACGAUGCACAAAACCAGAGCGCCUUCAAAGUCCCCUGCACAUCAGAUCCACGCCUUCCGCCCGGUCGCGGAGGCAAAAGGAUCCCAAACCAUCACCCAAACCUUCGCGAAGCAUCAACAAACGCAAGCGCGAUCGCUCCGAGGUAAACGAUGACACCAGCGACACAGAAAUCACUACUCGUGGCAUGCGAUUCUCAACCCCGAAGCGCACUCGUCACGCCCCCUACGAGCUUCCUCUGGGUCUCUCGCAAUCAGACUUCUAUGCCCUUCACUCUCCACCCAUAUCACAGUCGCCUCCGUCGCCUGUGCAUUGCCGCCAACUGGAACUGAGUCCCGAGCAAAGUGCGCAAUUGUUUAAUCCCGACGCAGUAUUGCCGUCUAUCGAAGAGACACAGGAAAGUCCGUCAAACGAGACCUGGAACGCAGACGAAGACCAGCGACUUGUCGAGUUAGUUCUCCAAAAUUUCCAGCUUUCCCAGCGAGAUCUAGAGGACUGCGCGCGACGCAUGGGCAAAGAUGAUGCCAGCGUCGGACGUCGAUGGCAGGUCCUCGUGGGAGAGGGAAAUGUCGGAUUAGUAGAUCGACGACUAGUUCGUCCUCGAUGGCUAUAGAUGCCCUUCUUCUCACGACUCCCUCUCCCUCUCCCUCUAUCCUUUCUCAUAUUUUUUCGCCUUUCUAUGAACAUCUUUGAUGGACAUCCGGUAUCAUGUAUUCUACGGGCUCACGGUUCGC